ACGUGGAUCAGACACGAGCUCGUUGUUCAUGUGUUACUAUUUACGAAACGGUGAUAAAAAUCUUGUAAAAGUUCAGAUGUUCACGGAAAGGGAUAAUUUGGAUACUAUUCCGACUUUGCCUACUGUGAGCUAACCAAAGGCAGUUGUAACAACCAAACUAAGAUAACAUCAUUGUCUACAGAGCAUCUACAGAGAGGCUCCUACGGAACGACAUUUCAUAGAAAUACCAAAGUUUAUUCAGCUGCCAAGACGCUAACAAUAAUGUCCUUGGAGGAAACGCGACGCACGCAGCGUCCAUACCGGUAUGGGAUGAUGCUCUUAUGCGUUGGAGCACUAGUCAACUGGUUAGGUUUAGCAGAAAACUACUCAGAACCGGUACGGUACGCCGGCGUAGCAUGUAUUUUGGCAGGAGCUUGUCUUAUAUGCACUGCCAUGUGCUGCUGGCUGCACACGCCAAAUCGACCAGGAUCGAACGAUGAGAGUGACGAUCCAGUACACGUUAUAAAUGUUAACGACGAACAACGGCGAGAAAAACCACCUGACUACGAUACCGUUGCUAUAGCACCCCCAACAUAUGAUGAUGCAAUCAAACUUGAUCCUGCCUCGCUUCUGCGUUCUUCCAUCGCAUCAACUACUCUAAGUGUCGCAAUGAAUACUACCAACAGAACGAUCUCUUAUCCUAGUUCUUCACAUAUGCAAAGGAGUUCUUUUUGCACUCCAAACUCCGAAAAUAAUCAUGAUACGACUUUGGUCUACCCAAUGGCACAAUGUUCAGUGUGCGUCUUGGACGAAAAAUCAUGUCCCGUAAAACCCCCUCCUUACGAUGAAUAAUGCUGUGCCGUAUUCGGUUUCCCGGGUAUCACGACAAUUUUACAGCGAAGUACUUUCACUGAUUUUAAAUGAUGCUUGCAGUACGAUACUGCACCGUAAAACGCGUCCUCUCCUGACCUUCAAGUAGUAGUUAGGCUGUGUUCUUAUUACUUAAAUUGUAAACUAUUGUAGAAGCCUUCGUGCAAUGUGGAGGGAGCGCAAGAUUGGUGUGUAUCGCAGUCAUGAGAUAUUACAUAAGAAAGAUACACAAUCGUCCUUGGCUGUACAGUAUUAAUGAUGCCAUAUAGCCGAUAUAUCGGGUGUCCAAGACUACAAAAACUUACGUCACUUGCAUGUGACACUGCAUCGCACUGCGAAACAAUCGUGUAUAAAAGAUUUAAUAUAAGUGGAAUGUCACAUGCAGCGAAUGUGCACGUACAAUAAGUUCUUCAGCAUAAUGGAAAAAAAAACAAUGAAUCCCGAAGCAUGAAAAUAAACCAAACACUGUUGAACAGUGUAUGAGCAUCGAGUAUGAGUAUGAACAACUUUCGCAUAGAAACCGAAUAUUCGUAGCAGCGCACACAGAUGAUCUACGUACAAGGCGCUUUUGCAGUAGUUCUGUUACUGAGAAUGUAGCAACGGAGGGGUUCUUUUUUACCCUGAAAACCGAAACUCAUACAUCAUCAUUUGAAUUUGUAAUUCUCGAUCGCGUUCCAUGUCCAUCAUAUUAUUCCAGCCUCGUACGUAUAGCUUUAAUUGUUCGGUUGACAUAGUGUGGCCG